CAAUGACUUAAUAAUGGUUUAAUCAAUUAACAUUCUAAAUGAGUUGAACCGAGGCUAUUUUUCGCCAUCGGCGGUGAUGUAAUGUUUUUAAUGAGUUCGUUACGACUACGACGCUAGUUUACCUACAAUUACAUUUGCACAUACCUACUAUACAUCUACAUAGGAUUUUCAUUUUAGUCACUCAUCAUCAGAUAUGGCAUAGGUAUUCCUUUUUAUAAUGACUUUGUUUUUAACGGAAUGAGACUGUAAUCAUUUCGUCGGUGUGUCAUAGUUCGUAACAUGUGUCGAUGUUGUUCGUUUUGCUUUAAAAAAAAUGAAGGAAAUCCGAGGCCGUCAUUCACCUGUUAUUGUUUUCCACAGCAUGGUUUACCUUAUCGCGAACUGUUGCCCAUCGUACUCCAGGUCGGUAGAGCAAUCUGCAUCAGGGGGAAAACUUUGGAAAACUGUACCAGAUUUUCCGUCAACUUAUUAUGUGGUCUUGAACCCAAAUCGAACGUAGCGCUACAUUUCAAUCCCCGAUUGGAUCAGAAUUAUGUAGUGAGAAAUAGCAGGAUUUUGGGAAAAUGGGGUGAAGAAGAAACUACGGCUUACUGCAGACCAAAUAUGAGAUGGAACGAAGACUUUUUUCUCGAAUUCCUCCCAACAUCUAAUGAAUUUAUGAUUGCAAUUAAUAACAAGCACUUUUGCAAAUACUCGCAUAGGAUUCCAAUUAAUAAAAUAACAGCACUGGUUGUAAGCAGCAAGGUGGGCAAAAUCGAUGUGUCUUUUGAAGCUCGAAAAUCAUAUCCCGAUUUUACAAAAUAUCCCAUAGAAGAACUACAAAUUAUUGAUGAUGAAAAUUACGUUCCAACCAAUAAUUUUAAGCCACUGCCCUAUUGUGGUCGCCUUCCAGAGAAUUUCAUAAAUAAUUAUCAAGUGACGAUUUACGGAAGGGUAAAGCUGCUUCCAAGAACGUUUUAUAUCAACCUUCAAGAAGGAUUUCACUUGUGGCCGCACCCUAUCAUACACUUGCAUAUUAACCCUCGGUUUUUGGGAGCGACGGAUAAGAAUCAAUUGAUUAAAAAUUCAUGGAUCGAUGAUCAGUGGGGUACUGAAGAACGAUGUGUAGCAUUCCCCUUUCGUCCCGGAAAAGAAUUCUGCAUGACUUUGUAUGCGGAAGAUAGUCAAUCGUUUAGAGUUUGGGUCGAUAACGUUUUGAUAGCCGAGUUCCAAUCAAGAACAUCAGUGACAAAUAUCGACCACGUUUUUAUACAGGGCGAUGUUGUAGUCUUUGAUGUACACGUCGAACCGAAACACACAACAAAGAUAUCGUCUCAUCACUCUUCACUAACGGUACGACGGCGGCACACUUUGACAAAGCGCUCGAGUAUUUUUUAUAAUUCAUAGAAAAAAGUGAAAAAUCCUCCACGAUAAAAUUUAAAAUUACGAGUACCUUGUCUGAAGGAUUUCUCAAGAACAGUAUUGAGGUAAAAAUUUAUUAAAGUUAGCUUAAUUAGGCAACUUACCGGGAAGAUUUCCUUUUCUUUUCUGCAAAUUCUAGUUCGUAUUUCUCGCGCCCUUGAGAACCCGGGGGAAGUUUCUGUAACAAACGAGAAUAACUUUUUUAAAAGUGUGAAACGUGAUUCAAGAUGAUCAAAGCAUCUUUGAUAUUAUUGGGGGCCUUAUCAGAACUGCAUAUUAUACAAUACGUACCACAAGACUUACAUUGUACAUACUUAGAUAUUAUACCUAUUGUAUCAAUUUAUUAUAAACGGUGUUGAUAUGUUGCUCUGUGAAAAAUAAAAUCAAAUAAAUAUAGCUUUUUGUUGA